AUGAGCCCCAGGAAAACUCGGUCGAACGUCUAUCAGAUUUGCAUAAAGAUUCUGAAAGCGAAACAUUUGCCCCAAAAUGCAAAUCCUAUGGUCGUGGUUAAAGUGGGAAAUCGGAGGAAAAAAACGGUGGUUCGUGAAAGAACGGACUCACCAAUCUAUAAUGAAUAUUUCGUGUUCGAUCUUUUUUGCAACUUAAACGAACUUUUAAGCACUAAAAUUACGAUAGCUGUAUAUCUGAAGGGUUAUUUACGUCUCAAGUUUCAUGGUAGUACGACUUUCGAAGUUGCUCUCGUUUGGGAUCAACCAGAUCAUCAAUAUUAUCACAAAUGGGCAAUGCUGACAAAUCCAAAGGAUGUUUCUGCGGGAUCGAAAGGUUACGUUAAAUGUAAUAUCGCGAUUAAUGUGAAAGGAGAGAAAUUGAAAGUACAUCCGGAUACAGAGGGCGAGGACGAUAUCGAAGGGAACCUCUUGUUGCCUGUCGGUAGCGAAUUUCUGCCCUAUAGGCAACGAGCAUGCUACAUUUUUACGAUUUAUCGAGCUGACGGGUUACCAGAUAUGAGCAGCCUAUGCGUAAAAAAUGAUUUCGAAAAUAUUAACCCGUUCGUGCAGAUAUCGUUCGCUGGAAUGAAGGAAACGACGAGCGAAGCAUGGCAAACCUACAGGCCGCGAUUUAAUGAAAAGAUUACGUUCAGAGAAAUGUUCCCAUCACUGUGUCAACGUGUCAGGAUUGCUAUCAAGCAUCGUGUUAAUAGCUGUCGAACGUGUGUCGUGGCUUCUUACAUUCUCAACAUGAGCAAAAUAUCGAAUUCUGGAGAGUAUGGUUUCCUACCGACUUUUGGGCCAUCGUUCCUUCACUUUUAUGGGUCCGGGACUACAGAAAGGAACAGCUGUUUCGGCAAGUGCUCGAUAGCUCUUCCUUUUUAUCGCGGUAGAGUUCUUCUUUCCUUAAAAACUGAAAUGGAUGACUCAGAAACAACGACGGCUGGAAUCAGUGCUGAAAGAGAGCUCGCGGCUCCUAUUAUCGAGAGAAGCUUGUGGAAGACCGAAGAAUAUUACCUGGUCACUGUAUUAUACGAUAUAAGUAUGAUCGAUCGGGGAAAAUUUUGGACGAAAUCGAUAAGCUUCGAGGUUAGCCUCGGGAAUGCCGGUAACAGACAAUUUGCUCGCAGCCAAUGCUUUGAGGACAAUAACGAUGGAAACCAGAUGUCAGACCGUAAAGCGGAGUUCGAAAGCGAGACCCUGCCACGAUUGACUGGAACAUUGGAUGGCAAAUAUAAUUACGUGCCUCUGGGUUCGCGAAAACCCUGCCUCUACGUUAGAUCUUGGUGGCCGAAUCUCGAUUGGCGAAUGCACAACAGUAACAGCUUGGCUUUCAUCGCUGAUUUCCUAGAACAAAAGUUGGAACAACUGGAGGACAUGGUCGAGCUUCAACAUCCAGACACUUACAAAUUCUACAACGAGACGAUUCGUACCAUGAAGAGCCAUUGCAUACAUUAUUUGCAUAUAUUAGACACGGGGCGAUACGACGACGAAGGUGGCACCACGAAGCUCGAUCGCCAUCGCGUGAAUCUAUGCCGUAAAGAGAUCGAGAAUAUCCUGAAGAGGAUCAAGAUCAACGGCGAACUUCCCAGUAAUCACUACACGAGAAUCGCAAUGGCACAUGCGUAUCAGUAUCUGGCUAAAGUGAAAAAGCUACGGGAAGACCCCCAGCAUGGCCUACCUGACGUUUUCAUUUGGAUGAUAGCCGGCUCGAAACGAGUGGCGUACGCGCGAUUUCCAGCCGAACGAAUUAUUUAUUCAGAAGAAAUGACCGAGAAGGGGUCAUUAUGCGGUCAAAAGGUUGACGUAUUUUUGGUACAUCCACGGGAUGAUGAAGGUGCCGAUUACAUGGCCUGCAAGCUUGAAAUUUUCCUGUGGCUUGGAAACGCCGAGUAUAUAGGAGCCUGUUGGGCCUCGAUUCCACCCGGUUACAAGGUGGACCAUGAGAGAAACAUUGAUUCGUUUCCCAAAUAUUUGGAUUACACACGCUCCACGACAUUUCAGUUGCGAGCUCACAUAUUCCAAGGUCGCUUUGAUCCUGGCAUGGAUGCAUCCGGUUUAUUGGAUCCGAUCGUGCGUGUCACGUUUCACGGUUACACGGCCUCCACCAGAAUUAUUAAGCAGACACUGGAUCCGUUCUGGGAUCAAACUUUGAUACUACCGCCGAAAACUAUUCAUGGGACGAAGGAGUACAUUAAAUCAAACCCGCCUAAAGCGAUUUUGCAAGUGUACGAUGAGGAUAUAUGCGGUUUCAAGGAGUUCUGCGGGAGAUGCACAACUAUCCCAUUAGUUAAGCUGGCGGAGGAAACUUACUCGCCGCCUAAUUUCCCUCCGAAACUCGAGUGGUACAAAUUUAAAUCGCAAAGGGAUUUCAGCGGCUCGGUGCUCGCUGCUUUCGAGCUCAUAGAGACGAUGGACGACAAGUCUGUGGACAAAAUCAUGGACUUUUCAAUGCAAGACGUCAUUUACAACAUACCGGAAGACAUCAGACCAAAAAUGACGAGUUACAGGCUUGAAGUUAUAUUUUGGGGCGUACGAGACAUGAAGAAGAUUAAUUGCAUGCCGGUGUUAAACCCUCAGAUUGUUAUAGAGUGUGCCGCCGUUCAAGUCAAGUCAGAAGUGAUGGAGAAUGCCAAGAAAUUCAGUAACUACAAGCAGACAUAUGUUGUCGUCGAACUGGACAUGCCAGAGCUCGAUAUCUAUUAUCCCUGCAUCACAAUAAAAGCUUACGACUCACGAGGAUUUGGAUGCUUCAAAUACGUCGGGAUUUGCAUAAUACCCACCGUUUACGUCUUUCUCGAGCAAUUAAUAACAGAGGAGGAUUACGACGCACGUAUACAAGGCACCAAAUCGAUUUUGAAAUCUCCAUGGACUAGAAGACAAUCUGUCACGAUUUCACCUUUGCCGAUCGAUUACGAUCCCUUGAAAGAAGACGAGAACAAGGAGUUGAUACCGUACAAGAAGAUGUACAAGAAGAAAUCAUGGAUUAGGAAAAUAUUACGGUCCUUAAAGAAGAUUUUCGCGCAUGUGAUACCAAGAAAAAAAAAGAAGAAGAAAAUGGACUACAAGCCAGAGGAGGAUCAGUCUCUCGACUGGUGGAGUAAAUACUUCGCUUCCGUGGAGGAGGAAAGAAGCAGAGAGCUGGGCAGCUUUUCUCCAGGUGAUCAGAAGCUCGUGACGACGUUCAAGGUAUACAACGGAGAACUGGAGAUGCAACCGCAAUUCGCCGGCUUUCAGGAUCGUCUGAGAUCGUUCGAAUUAUGGAAGGGGAAGAAGAGCGAAGAUCCCGACUACGAUACAGACAAUUACGUUGGAAAGUUCAAGGGACGCAUUUGUGUAUAUCACUGGCCGCACCCAAACAACUUGCCCUGCAAAACGAAAAGCGGCAGAAACGCGGCUAAUGGUCUAUGUGGUGAUUAUCCACAAUCGGAUCCCAUCAAAUUUCUGGUCAGACUUUACGUCGUGAAAGGUAUCGACUUGCAGCCUAGCGAUCCCCUCAGCGGAAAAUCUGACCCGUAUCUGUGCGUCAAGCUUGGAAAGACGUUUAUCAAUGAUAAAAAGAAUUACAUACCGAAUCAGCUAAAUCCAAUUUUCGGACGGCUCUUCGAGAUAGAAGCCACUUUCCCUCAAGAUUACAUGAUGAUCAUACAAGUAUGGGACUACGAUGCAACUACGACUGACGAUUUAGUAGGACAGACGAAGAUCGACUUGGAGAAUCGGUUCUAUAGCAGACACCGUGCUACUUGCGGUAUUUCCAAGACGUACAACGAGGGAGGGUACAAUAAGUGGAGAGAUCGCGAGAGACCGACGCAGAUACUCGAGCAACUUUGUAAAAGGAACAAUCUCCCAUUGCCGGAGUACCGGAAGCAUUACGUGAGAAUUGGACGAAAAAGAUUUCCAUUCGUCAACGAGCAAGCGGAAAACGGUACAUUUUAAAAAUUAAUCAGGCAAGAAUGUAUGGCACUGAACGUCCUUCAUCAAUGGCAAGAUUUCCCCAUUUGUGGCUGCGUCCUGGUGCCUGAACACGUCGAAAGGCGUCCGCUUUUUAAUGCCAGCAGACCCGGAUUGGAGCAGGGUAAAUUGGAACUUUGGAUCGACAUGUUUCAAUCUAGCGAGCUUCCUCCAAAACCGGCAGUGAACAUCAGUCCACCUGUACCAGAGGAAUAUGAAAUCCGUGUGAUCAUUUGGAACACCGAGGACGUGCCCCUCGUCGACAGCCAAUUUCUUACCGGAGAAAAGUGUUCCGAUAUUUACGUGAAAGGCUGGAUUGUUUACGACGAUUAUCAAAGAACUGACGUUCAUUACAACUCCUUAACCGGAGAGGGCAAUUUCAAUUGGCGAUUUAUAUUUCGCGUCCUGUAUUGCAAGGGUGAGCGUGUUAUGAUCGUACGCAAAAAGACAUCCAUCUUUGCUAUAAACGAAACCGAGGACAAACUGCCAUGUAGAUUACACCUGCAAGUUUGGGACAGCGAUCAUUUCUCUUCGGACGAUUUUCUCGGAGCAUUAACGUUGGAUUUAGCCAAGAUGCCACGGGGAAGUCCAAAUUCUAAAAACUGUACUUUAGAACUACUCAAUCAGAAUCUACCAACGAUCGAUAUGUUCAAAGUGACACGAAUCAAAGCUUGGUGGCCAUUGGAACGUAGCGUGAACGCAGCCCAAUACAUCCAGGCGGGUAAAAUUGAACUGGAAAUAUCAAUAUUGCAAGCGAAGGAGGCUGACGAGCAACCUGCGGGCAAAGGAAGGGAUCCACCUCAAAAUCUUUCUGCACCAAACCGACCGGAUACUUCGUUCUCCUGGUUCCGGAACCCGUGGAAAGCAUUUCGUUACGUUGUCUGCCGGCACUAUAAAUGGAGGAUAAUAGGCUUCUUCAUGUGUGUGUUGAUAGUAUUGUUGGCAGGCUGUGGAAUUUACGCUUUCCCUGGUUAUUUUGUGAAGCGCCUCCUUGGUGCUUGAGUCGGUUAACGGGGAAAGAAAACGAUGGAAUCGGGAACCAUUGCAGUUGCUCGGUCGUAAAUCAUGAAUUGUGUCGUAACAUGAAACAUCGAUUCUGACUACUUCAUGAUAACACGUUCGUUAUUUCGGCACCGUUAAUUGUUGGAUAACACGAUGAGCUCAGUUGUUCAACGAGCGUUUUAUUAAUUAACAACCUGCAAUUUAUUGUAAAGUUCGAAUCAAUGAAUUAUUAUACUUCCCCAAGUUUCCAAGCAGUAAUGUUCAAUGA